GAGGGCCGUGAGCGCCGGCGGUUAGGAGCGGUUCGGCGGAUCCGCCAAGGGGACCGGGACGGGUGGUCGGCGCCAUGGGGGCCAAGCUGCGACUCCUCUGCGCCGCGGCGGCGCUCAUCUGCGCGGCGGCUCCGCCGGGACAGCCCGGCGGCCGGGGAGCGGCGGUAGCCGCCGCCGCGCUGUCGGCGGGCGAAGGGGACGGGUACGGGGUGAAGCUGUGCGGGCGGGAGUUCAUCCGAGCCGUCAUCUUCACCUGCGGCGGGUCCCGCUGGAAGCGGCUCUCCCUGCUGGCGAUGGAGCCGGCGCCCGCGGGCGAUUCUGCACGAACAGCAAGUAACAAACUACUGGGAAACUUCAAGCUGCAAUCAAUUUUGGGUCCUGAAGUGGAGCAGCUGCAGAGAAGCAGCCCAUUUCUUGUGUGGGAGACACUUAAGGACUUCUAUAGUUUAAAUGACUAUAAUGAAUAUUUACCUGUGGUGGACAACUUCAAAGAACUUGUUCACCAGGUAGAGGAAGCUGUUCAGAAGGACAGGGGAGGAUCAGGAAUUGCAAACCCCGUGGGAUCAAACAGUUAUCUUUGGACCAGGUAUCCCAGAAGAAAACGUGAAUCUCUGGGUUUGGCAGGAAUGUGUUGCAAAUGGGGAUGUACCAAAGCUGAAAUAAGUACUAUAUGCAGAGUUUAAAAUCCUCUCUGCACUUAUGCAUGAAAUCAAUGUUCGUUGCAGUGCUAUUUGAUUGAAUACUGUAUGGAGAAAGAAAACUCUCACUGUAUUUUAUUUUGUCUCUAUGUACCAGUCAAUACUGCUGGUUCUCUUUAAAAAAAUAAAAUCCACAAGUGUAACUGUAAUGAUUCUGUUUGCUGCAGUAACUUCUAACCUAUAUUUUUUACUAAGUCUUUUCAUUUUAAUGUUGAGCCUUUACACUUCUAUUACAAAUGUAUUAUAUCUUUGUAACACUCUAGGAAGAACUUCAAUGUUUCAUUAAAGUGUAAUUAUAUUAA